AUGAACGUUUCAGGAGAAAUGGGUCAAAAGUUUUGGGAGAAUCUGGAAGAUCGAGCGAUGGUGGAAUCCACCAUAGGCUCCGAAGCUUGUGACUUUUUCAUCUCAUCCGCUUCAUCUUCCAACACUGCCUUGACCAAGCUAGUCUCGCCGCCGAGCGACUCCAAUCUCCAGCAAGGGUUACGUCACGUUGUUGAAGGCUCUGAUUGGGACUAUGCGCUUUUCUGGCUAGCUUCCAACGUUAAUAGCACCGACGGUUGUGUCUUGAUCUGGGGAGAUGGUCAUUGCCGUGUCAAAAAGGGGGUUUCAUCAGGUGAGGACUAUUCUCAGCAAGAUGAGACCAAAAGGCGUGUCCUUCGCAAGCUUCACUCGUCCUUUGUUGUUUCGGAUGAGGAUCAUCGUUUGGCCAAGUCAGGGGGGGCUCUUACUGAUCUCGACAUGUUUUAUCUGGCUUCUUU